AUGAAGUGGUGCGUGUUGGUGUUGGUAUUCGCCGGUUUGACUAGGGGCGAUAAUGCCAUCGAUACGAACAACAUCUUCAAUUGUCCAGAUCUCAAUGCUCAAGAUGAAAUAGAUCUCGACAAGAUAAUGGACAAAUGGUACGUCGUAGAAGUACUGCAACACAAACUCGACCCCACAAAGCCAGUGAAGACCAUUGUCAGCAAUGAUCUUUGUCCGAUUGUGAAGUUGAGACCAUUUGAACAUUCUUCGUUGAAACUGUGGUGGAGUGAGGAAUCUGGAGACCUGGAAUAUACCUUCCGGAUACCAAAUAUUAGCACGAAAAAAGGUUUAUGGCGAAAUAUGUAUCCGCAGAAUGGUACCUUGGCGGAGAGGCCAGACUACAAACAGUUCUCCGGCAGUGUGCACGUAAUGAAGGCCGUUGCCUCGGACAUGGUGUUGACUUUCUGCUCCCGGACUCCCGACCAUCAGCUCUAUUCCCUCCUAUUGUCACGUGAGCACACUCUGCAGAAGAGCGACAAACGAGGCGUUCAUAAUCUCCUGGGACGCCGCGGUCUGAAGAUCAACGAUAUCCGUGAGACUUGCGUGAACGGCGGCGCCAGAUCAAGACGGAGCGCGCUCGAUUUCGUCGUCUGGAUGACCCUCGUCGGCUUGUUCUCGUCGAGCGUCCUCUUCAGAUCCUGGCAGUAGUGAAAUCAGACGGACGAUCGAUCGAUCUCGAGACACUCAGAUCACCAGAUCGCGCCCGACUGUGUUUCGGACUAAUUAACGCGAUUAUACUAACACUUUGGAUGCUACCGCGCGAGUAAUCUCAGAACAUUACACCGAGUUACGGAAAUCCAUUGACUGCACUCGACGUACACGUGUUACGUUAGUUAUGUAUUUAAGAUGCCCUCACGCCGAAUUAAAUAAUAAUUUUCCCGUCGCGAUAUUCUGCGUAAUUUAAGUUCUUGCAUGGAAUAAUUUUUAAUUACGUAUCUCUCUUUCAAAAAAUUUAUAUUAUGAUUUA